GGGUACCCAAGUCGGCCAACGAUCCUUCCGAGUCGCUGGUGAUUUCUCAUGGGUGGGAGUGGCAGGGAUGUUCAAACAUCAAAGGAGUACACCAGAGCUGCGCGCAAAGCCACGCGAUCAUUUUGGCCAGAGCGCUUGGGCCUUUGCACGCCUGGCGACGGGGCGCCUGGGGAUCCACCGCACAAGAAGCGGCGCACAGACGAGGACGAGGAUGCUGAGGGCCAGGAGUUGAAUAUUGACAUUAUCCUCGACAAGUUCUUGAACGUGAGGAAGAGGCACCCGACGUUCCAGAUAGUACAGCUCACACCCGGUACAGUGUGCGGAUUAUGCGCCAAGGCGCGAGACGUCUUCAUGGAUCAGGACAUGCUGUUGGAGGUGGAGACGCCGCUGAACCUGUGCGGCGACGUCCAUGGUCAGUUCCACGACCUGCUCAGAAUCUUCGAAAGCAGCGGCUUCCCGCCACAGGCCAAUUAUCUGUUCUUAGGGGACUACGUGGAUCGGGGGAAGAAGAGCCUCGAGACCAUCUUGAUGCUCUUCGCGUACAAAAUCAAGUAUCCCGAAAACUUCUUCCUCCUGAGAGGGAACCACGAGUCGCCGUCGAUCUGCCGAAUCUAUGGCUUUUACGAUGAGUGCAAGCAGCGAUACACUGUGAAGAUCUGGAAGACCUUCUGUGACGUGUUCAAUUGCAUGCCAGCCUGCGCGGUGGUCAGCGAGAAAGUGAUCUGUAUGCACGGUGGCCUGUCGCAAGAGAUGAUGAAGGACGGCUCCAACUUGGUGGAGGAGGUCUCGUCCAUGAAGCGGCCCGCAGACAUCCCGGACUCAGGCUUCCUCUGCGACCUGCUGUGGUCUGACCCUGCGGAUACCGUGGGCUUCGGCAUGAACGACCGCGGCGUGUCGGUCUCCUUCGGGGCCGACAUCGUGAAGGAUUUUCUCCGUAUCCACGACUACGACCUGGUGGUUCGAGCGCACCAGGUGGUCGAGGACGGCUACGAGUUUUUCGCGGAUCGGAAGCUGGUGACCAUCUUCUCCGCGCCGAACUACUGCGGUGAGUUCGACAACGCGGCGGCCGUGCUGUCCGUCAGCGAAGAGCUGGUGUGCUCCUUCCAGGUGCUGAAGCCGGAGCCCAUGAACCAGUGAGGCGAGAUGCUGUGAGCGGGUCCUCCUCGGUGCUCUGAUGGGAGGAUCCCAGCGCUUCCCUGCUGUACUAGGGCUUGAGGAGGAGGAGGAGGAGGAGGACCGUUGGCAAGGCGUGCGCACGGGCUGGUGCGCCGUGGCGCGCCGCGCGCCCUUGCCUCGCUUCGGGCCGCAGUUCUGGGGGUCUCGGGGGCUCGGGCCCAGCCAGGCAGUCGGCGCCGAGAGGGUGCGCCCGCCCUCGGGGUCCCCCACACGGUGUGCCAUGAGAUCCUGGAACCAUCUCUCUCUGCCGUCCGACGUAGCAGUGCGAGCACGAGCAGCAGCACCGGCACGCGAAGCCGUGCGAACCGCCGGGCGAGCAGCCCGCGCCGCCCAUCGGGAGGGGAGGGGCAGAGCCGCGUGCCGCAGUGCUCGUCACCGCUCGCGGGAGUCAGACCUGCGAGGGCGCUGCUCGGGUGGCGGAGCUGCUGGCACACCCGGUGGGGCACGCCUCUUAGCACAGCACGUCUGAGGCCGGUGCCAUGGGUCGGGACGCGUCUGGCGAGGGCCGCCGUGCUGCGAAGGGCCGCUCGCAGCUGCGCGCGCCCGCGGGGCCUCUCCGCCGCCUCGGGGGAGGCCAGCUCUGCUCCAGGCUGGUCCUGGCCAGGCCGAUCCUCGGGACCGGUGCGUACGUGCCUUCCCUCGGUGUCGCUCGGACGUGUGCACUGUUCCUCG